AUGCAGCCCUUCAGCAUCCCAGUUCAAAUCACGCUCCAGGGCAGCCGCCGGCACCAAGGGAGGACGGCCUUUUCUGUUCCUGGGAAGAAGAGGCCUAGGGACUACCUCGAUGCAGACCCACCAGAUGUGCACAGGCAGCUGCCGUCCAGCGCCGGAGAGGACAGAGCUGUGUUGCUCGGGUUUGUGAUGAUAGGUUUCUCCAUCCUAAUGUUCUUCUUGCUUGGAACAAAGAUCCUAAAGCCUUUCAUGCUCAGCACGCAGAGAGAAGAAUCGAACUGCACAAGCAUCCACACACACAUCGUGGACGACUGGCUGGACUGUGCUUUCACCUGUGGCGUGGACUGCCACAGCCAGGGGAAGUACCCGUGUCUUCAGGUGCUUGUGCACCUCUCUCACUCAGGUCAGGAAGCUCUCCUGUACUAUAAUGAAGAGGCCGUCCAGCGAAAUUCCAAGUGUGAUGUUACAGACUGCAAAGUUAAAGAAAAGCAGACAUUGACAGGUUCUAAUGAGCACAAACAAACAAUAAGUGCAGUCACAGGCCAAACUUCUUGCUAGGAAGAGCAAGACUGGGAAGAGGUCUUAAAUUUAGUGCUAUUCUAUAUUCUCAGUAUAGUAACACAUGCAUCUUGCUGUGUCAGAUACUUCUGGGCCACCAUAAGGAGGAUAGCAAAAACUCUUUUUUUUCUUAACUAAUGCAUGAUACCACAGGACUUCAAUGAACAGAAUAUAGAGAAACAGACUUACUACAAUUAAUGGGGCCAAAGAAGAGGGUGGCUAGGGCCCCUUGUUGAAGCUUCUAAAGUAAACAACUGAUAUGCCAACAGUCUUUUGGUAGCAUUACAUUCCCCAGGGGGUGAAGGUUUAGGUCUCAAAAGGUUAUUUCUUUUGGAUUUUAUUUAAUCAAAUUAAGUCUGAAGACUGAGUCAUACUGAAACCGUUAAAUACAUACAAAAAGUGAGCUCCAUACCCCCCAAAAUUUCUAGAAAUCUGAUAAAUGUCAAGUUCUCCAUCUACUCUCAGAACAUAAAUCUGGUAAGGAACUUUUAAAAAAUAAAAUCAGUAGAUGAUGACCACACUUAGAAAUUCAUACAAGAAUUAAGGAGUUUAGUUAUAUCAAAGAUAUUUUAAUGUUGAACACUAAAGGGAUUUUGUGUCCGUGCUAACCUAGAAGGAUCAACAAAAAUAAGAGUAACUGAAAAUAUACAUGGUUUUGUCACAAAAUUAUUGCAGUGACAUAUUAAAUGAAGCUGCAGAUUGAACUUCACUUGGCUUACAGCAUGUAUUUAAAACCAUUUUCUGUACUUACCAACAUAAAGAAUGGAUUCUGUUGUCAGUGAAAAUUCAGUUACACUGAACUAUACUAUACUAUACAUACACUGAACUAAUUUUACUUCCCCUCCCCCACUAAAACUCGUAUACGUAGCUGUGUAAAAAUUACAAGUCAGAAAAUAACCUUAUGGCUCACAGUGCCACUUUCUGCUCACUAAUGUGGCUAGACUAUUACCACACCUAAAACUAAACAAAUGGAACAGUGCUGCACUAAUUAAAAGGAAGUGCAAAACUUGUAAUCAAGUGGAACACUUGAAUGAAAUAAAUAAGUUUAUUUGAAGACUUUAACAUCCCAACUUGGGAGACUCUGGAUGAAUUCUAAACUCUUCUAAAUUUUAGAACUUUGAUAUUUGUUUACACCUUUUAUAGAAGAUUCCUCUUGACUAGAGCUUGCAGUGUGUGCACAAACAGAAAUGUAUGCAGAAGCGCACACAAAACACAUUAAUAGUAAACACUAAUAAAGAACAAAAUGGACCAUAAAUGCCAAAUCUGAGAACCUAGUGCUUUGAACUUCCUCACACUACACUACCACCUUUUCCAAAGGGUUCUAGCAAAAAUGAUUAAAUUUUAGUCAAAACAUUUUAUUAAUAUCUCCAGCACCAUUAAAAAGACAUUCCAACUGAUUUUGUAAAUCCAAAAUAAAGUGCUCUGAAAAAUUUCCGCAAUGUAAGAGCCUGAAGUACUGAAUGUUAACUCAUCUAUUUUUCCUCCCCUAAUCUUCUGAGGCACAUUUACCAAAUCCAAUUUUAUUGGGACCAUAUUUACCUUGACUUAAAAUUCUAGUAGUCUUUUCAGAGAGUGGAAAUAAUUUUUAUGACAAAAGAAAACCACCUUCCCAGACCAUGGCACAUAAGAUAUAUUUACAAUUUUAAUGUAUUAAUUAAAAUGGUUGUUUGUACUUCAUAAAAACAGCCCAGCUGUAAUAUUCUUUCAGCAAGAAUGAUUAUUUGAGGAUGCUGUUGGCACUGAGUAUGACAGCUCAGCCUUCACAACCCAUCCUCAAUGAAGAGCUAAUUUCCUCAUGGUAUGCACAAUAUAUUUUCCCAGUUUUCAGCCUUCUGUCUUCUGUUAGACACGCCCCCUCUCAGAAGGAUGGAUAUAAAGAAUGCAAUUUAUUUAAACAACUCCUCCCUGUUCUGUCUCCUCCCGUCACACUCCUUAAUCUCAAAAACGUCUGAAGUAUGAAAAUUGUCUUAAAUAGAAGCACCACCAUCGAUUAACACCAUACACUGUUUUAAAACGGAAUUAUUUUAGUGAUACCUUAGACAUCAAGGUAAUUUUUUAAGGUGGACUUCAAGUUUGUGGGUCCAGCCCAGGUUUACAGUUUGUACAGACACAGAAAAGGAACUUAUAAUUAUUUAGAAAAAGUUAACACACUAGCUUGAACGUACUGCUGGAAAUUAAAUUUCUUCUAAGAGUUGGCAAGCAUGAGCUACUGACUGAAACAUGACUGAAAUGGAUUUACAAAAUCAUUAUGUAAAAAAACCCAAACAAAUCCAAGUUUAUGUGCUGUGAAAUUUCCAUUAUGCCUUUAAGACAGGCUACUCAGAAUUUAAAAAAAUAAUGCCCAAUCAGUCAUAUUUUGAUGGAAAAAGAACACAGAUGGACUGUGUUUCACUCUAUGCAAAAAUCCACCCAUUUAAAAUAAAAUACAAGAGAGUAUACACAGUCUAAUCAAACCAUCAUUUCCUGAUUAAUAAGCACUACACUUUACACAAAAUACUUUAUCAGCAGCUGUUUUCAUCAAAAUACCAAUAGUCAUAAUUUCACAGUUGAAAGUUACACAUUAAAAUAUGUUACAAUUGAUUAUAUAUUCACCAGUUUCCCAUUUCCUAAUGGGAUCGUAAUAUAAAGUAGAAUAAAGGGAAAACCUUAAUUACUCUGGCACUAAGUUUUACACAGGACAUUCAGAACCAGAAAAGGCUUAGGUUCUAUCAUAAAAUAGCAACCAAAUUCCAUUCUUCUUUUAAAAAAUCCAAUUAGAAACAUCUUUUUUAAAAAAAUCAAAUUCCACAAUAAUAUUAACAUUCAAAUUAACAGCAGUUUAAAAAUAUUCAAAAUAAAUGUUUUUGUAUAGCUGAGAAUACGGUAAAAAGUGUGAUUUUCAAACAGUGGACUAUUUCUUGCUACACUGUAUUUAAAGCUAGGCUUUUUUCUUUAGAUAUGAGUUUUCCCUCCAAACUAAUUAAGGAAGGAAUAAUUCUCAAGUAAUGAAACUGUAGAGUCAAUAGUCAAUUACAGCAUUGUUGAUGACAAACACGGUCAGCUACAGCAACUGCCCCUGAUACUCAAGUACCUGGAAGAGGCUGUAUCAUAACAUACUUGAAAGAGAUCUUAGUCACCCAUGUAGCUUUCCAUUCAGUUUUUGGUCUUUGCCUUCCUGAACAUUACCUGGCCUCCUCUGUGUCUUAGGGUACUUAGUCUGUAUUCUUUACAGAACUUACCUAUACUUCUCCAAAUCAAAUUAAUUUGCUUGUAAUAACUUAAAAAUAAACGUAUGUAAUGAAAUAAGCUAUGUAGCUUGUGUGCUUUAAUGGUGACGAGGUCCUAGGGGAAUAAAAGGUGGCCACAUGAACUAAUGUGAAAUAAAAAUAGAAGUACAGAUUUUGGGCAUGGAGGCUCAAGGCUUUUUAGCAUUUGAGUAAAAUACAGUUCUCUGUUAAUUCUUCAAUUUCCACCAUCAAAGAUUUAGAUUUGUACCAUUUCACUGAGUUUUCUCAUAAUCAAUCCCUGAUACAGAAAAGGCUGGAAUAUUAGUAUACUGCACAUAUCUAAAUAACACAAAAUGUUAAUUGUUUAAAUAAUGAAAUCUCUAUUUGCAAAAGAAUCUAUCUGGUUUCAAACUUAAAGAGAUUAAAUUCUGCGUAACUAUUUCAAGACAGUUUACAGAAAUAAGUUCCCCGAAUCUUCAAAAUUUUUUUUCAUGUUGGUAUUAUAUACAUGCUUUAGUGAAGUAUCUAAAUCUUCAUUAAUUAUGCCCUUUAAAGGUUCUAAAAGAGCCAGAUAGUAGUUGCAUUAGAGUCCCUUGUUCCCUAUUCAAGACUUCUAUAGAUGUUGGAUUUCACAGAUGAUUUUUAAAGUGAUGCUGUCUUACUAGAUUACACAAUGUGCACUCUAAGAUUUUUCUCCAAUAAUAUGCCUAAUCUAGAAAACUGUCACUAAAUUAUUGCACUUUUUUUCUUUUUUGGUGUGGCACCUGGGAAUUUGCUAAAGCUACUUGUUAGAACGUGAGUCAUUCAUGUCAAAUACAGAAUAAAACAUCAGACCCUACAGUGAGGACUAGCCUUAGCUCCUACACCUAGGUGAAUAGUUUUCAAAAUACUUAAUGUGUUCUGUGCUCAAGUGGGAUUUCAUGAAGUUGGAAUGAGACCUGAACACGUGGGAAAUGGGUACAAUCUGAAAAUGAUUUAAUUUCCUUUUAAUAUUGAAAUAUGGAUAAAUAGCUUUAAAAAGUCAAAAGUUCAUGAUUUCUAUUCAAUAUUAUAAAGUACUAUCAUGAGCAGAACUUGGCAGAGGGCUUUAAGCAGUCAGGAUGAUAGUCUAAAUUGUAUAAUUCGGUAACUAAUUUCACAUGAUUGAGCCCUUCCAACUAAAGAGGAUGGAAGAUAAGGGAAUCAUGUGAAAACUGAAAGGAAAAGAGGCCAAAGUUCAGUAUGCUUUCUGUACAUGGUUACAGCGGCCCUGGUACACACGGGACAGUGCUCGAGCCUCAGCUGCAGAUGAGAAAAGCUCAGCAUGCGGCUACAAAGAGCAAAAAUUUGGGUGCAAAACAAUGCAUGACUAUGGGACAGAUUAUGUAAAUAAAGAAUAUAUAUUAAUGAUAGUUUCUAUAAUAUAAAUAGCCUUUAAUAAAAAAAAUAAUCUUUUUAAUAACAUUAAUACUUCUAUUUUCUGGAAAACAUGCAUGAAAAAAUGUAUUCAGUUCAAUUGUGAAAGGAGAAAAAAAAAAUCAACUGAAGGUGAAUACUGUACAAUUCUGGAACAAGAACUAUUCCUGCUCAUUCUUUUUUCUAAGAUGAUUACUUUAGUUUGUGGGAGCCCAGAAUUUCCCUUGAAAGUAAGAGUCAGAUCUUGUCAAUACUGUCAGAAAACAAUAACAGCAACAAACCAACAAAAA